AACGAUACUCAAGUACGAGGAGUGACUCUGCAUGUUAGGAACUAGGUCAUUUGUUGCUCGUUUGUUUUCACUCGAGAUUUUUCUCACAAUGUUGCCUUUUUGAGACUUGUAGGAUGAGAUAUAGUUACAUUAUUGGGUAGUUGUGAUGCCAGAUACACAACAGAUAGCCCUAGAAGAUCCAAACAAGCAGAAGUUACAACAAGUCCCUCAGGAGCCAGCUAAUAAUGGGGACACAAAGCAGACAGAUCUAGUCCAGACAGUGAAGGAGCAAUUACCAGAGGUUGUUCCUCUGGAAACCAAAUCAUCACUCAAGGCAAAACUCAGCCUUGGGGAUGAUGAUAAAAAACAUGGAAGUCCCAAAAAGGUGACCCCACUGAAGUAUGGGGAGAUAGUGGUGCUAGGAUACAAUGGGGUUCUUACCCAAGGGGACAAGGGGCGAAGAAGGAGCAAGUUUACUUUGUGGAAGCGCCAAGAGGCAAAUGGUGUCAAGCCCUCUAGAAAACACAUUGUAAAAAACCCACAGGCAUCACACGUUGUUCAAGAUUCCAAGCAGCAUUCUGUGUCUUUCACCCUGUCCAGAAAUCAGGCCAUAGUAAUAGAGUAUGUACACAAUGAAGAUACUGACAUGUUUCAGAUUGGCAGGUCUUCUGAAGGCCCCAUUGACUUUGUUGUCAUGGAUACUGUGCCUGGAGAUCAGAGGGUUGAUAAUUACACAGUGUCUCAAAGCACCAUAUCAAGGUUUGCGUGUAGGAUUCUUGUGGAGAGGAACCCUCCUUAUACUGCAAGAAUAUUUGCUGCUGGGUUUGAUUCUCAUAGAAAUAUAUUCCUUGGGGAAAAAGCUACCAAAUGGCACACAGAUGGAGAGAUAGACGGGCUGACCACCAAUGGGAUCCUCAUCAUGCACCCAGUGGGUGGGUUCACAGUGGAUGCCAAGCCAGGGGUGUGGAGAGAGGUGUCUGUAGGGGGUGGCAUCUAUGCACUCAGGGAGUCCAGGUCUACACCUGGGAAGAGUUGUGUGAUUGAAGAAGAAGACAAUGUUCUUAGGGAUGGAACCCUGAUAGAUCUGUGUGGUGCCACUCUGCUGUGGAGGUCUGCACUGGGCUUACUAGCCUCACCUAGCCCAAAAGAACUUGAAGAAGAAAUAAAAAAGAUCAAUGCAGGUCGGCCCCAGUGUCCCGUUGGUCUGAACACUCUAGUCUUGCCCCAUAGGCAGAGUAAGGGCACACUGAUGGCCACAGAGAAACAGCCCCAUGUCUAUCUCUACUGUGGGCAUGUGCACGGAAUGCAUGAAUGGGGACAGAAGGAAGAUGACAAUCGUCAGUGUCCUAUGUGUUUGAAGGUUGGUCCAUUUGUGCGCCUGCUUCCAGGCAGUGAGACUAGCCUGUAUGUGGAGUCUGCUCCUCCUACACACUGCUUCAGCCCCUGUGGGCACAUGGCGUCUGAAGAGAGUGUUAAGUACUGGUCCAGUAUUCCUAUUCCACAUGGUUGUCAUGGCUUUCGUGCAGCAUGUCCUUUCUGUGCUAUGCCUCUCUCAGGUGACCCUGGCUAUAUGCGCCUCAUUUUCCAGGAUAAUGUGGAUUGAUGUCAGGAUUUAGAUAUUAUCAAAGAUGACUUGGAAUGUUAUUAGCUUCGUAUCACUUUCAUGACAGUGUAGCUUGGUUUCAGGAUUAGAUCUCUUCAAGGAUAUUGUGGAUUGUUAUAACAUUCAAAGUAAUUUUUUGGAAAAGUGUACAUUAUAAACAGGACUUCAAUGAUAUUCCAAGAUAAUGUUGAUUUUUCUUUGCUUGAACAAUAUUCAAGAUAAUGUAGAAUGAUUUCUUGAUUUAUUUCACUCUCCAGUAUAAUGUGGGUUUUUGGAUGUAGUCAAUGUUUAGGGUGGAAUUGAAACAAUUUCAGAAGAUAAUAUGGAUUGGUAUCAGGAUUUUAAUUAUUUUCAAACCCAUAAUGUUCACAAGAGGAUAAAACAUUUGGCUGGCAAGCUUCGUCUAUUGACAGAGUGUUUUUUUUAUGUGUCACAUGCAUAUUUUCUGAUCUUUCUGUUGAAUGAUGUUGCUGGUUUGUAAAAUUGAAUGAACUCUAGGGAUGUGUGUUGGAUGCUGUUUGGACAUUUUACUUUGCUCUUAGAUUGUUGUCAUUUUGCUGUGUCAGCAAAUAUGCUACAGCACAAGAAGGAAAAAUAAUGCCUACACAGUAGAGUGACUGUUUGCAUCUUAAAGUACAGUGUGAUGUCAUAACAUAAUUGGAAUGUCAGACAUCACAAAUGUAUAAGGCAAUUAAUUAUUUGACAAUUGCUACUUGCUCUUCAACCAUUUUAUAUAAAUACAUCUCUGAUGAACUGAAUGUGUAGAUAUGGGGGAUUUAGCUAUCUGUGUCAAAGCAGAAUGGCCUUUGAAUUAUAGCAUUAUUCAUGUAUAUAUUAACUUUGAUAUUUGUAGCUUUCAUAGAAACACAAUUCUUAGUUGAAGUGUAAAGAUACUGUAUUAGAAUAUUUCAUUGAUACAAUGGAAAGAUUUACCAUGGAGCUACUGAUUUUCAUUCAAAUGCAGCAAUCAGAGUUCAGUGGUGUAAUGGACUAUAAGGUUGAGCUACAUAAAGUUAUUUAUUUGUGUUAAUGAAAUGUCACAGCUGAAUGCAAACCUCUAAGACUACAGUGGAUGUUGUUUUAUUUAUUUUUUAUUUGUCAUUAUUGUUAUCUUUUUUUUUCUUUUUGAUACCAUUAUUAUUAGGACAUUUUAUGAAGUUGCUGCUGUGCUUAAAAAUUUAUUAUUUGAUAAAAAUUCAAGCAAAACAACAAGGAGUGAUACCAAAGGGGGGCUGAUAAACAUUGGUUUCACUUUUUGAUUAAUAUUGAUGCUUUUGCAUUUGAUAAGCUAAUGCUGACUGCUAUUAUUUUAAGAUUUAAAAAAGACUGUGUAUUUGAUAAAUGUUUAUAUUUGCAAGAACACUGACUUGUCUUAAAGUGGUUUGGACCAUUUACCUUUCAGUAUUAUAGCAAGGUUGUGUAACCAGCCACCUUUUUUUCUCAUCUAUUCGAAUACCAAUGUCUAAAUUAAGCAUAAGAAAAAGCUGAUUAUUUCAGUUUCAAUUUUUUUUCUUUUCAUUUGCUGAGCUUGCAUUUAUGAAUUUAUGAUAGAAACUGUUGAUUUCUUGUAAUAUGAAAGUCCCUACUUCCAAGGGAAUAUAUGAAGGGUCUUUAUUUCUAAAUAUUAUAUAUUGUUGACUGGAUGUUUUUUUUACACACUUUGGCUGAGUAAGUGGCUAUACAUUUUAAAGCUUUUGCUUAGUUUGCUGUAUUUGAAAAGCUUGAUCCUUGGAUAUUGACUUUUUUUGACUGGACCAGUGGAUUAGUUGACUGAAUUGUGCAGAACAUGCUGAACCAAUGUAACGGUAAUAUUGACAGUAACAUUUCCUGAAUGCCACGCCAAUGAAUAUUGCACAGCAUGGAUCUAGUUUAAAGUACAAGAGGUUAUUUUUCACAGUUUUAUUGGUACUAUUUUUUCUGAUAACAUUUAUCCUAUAAGUCUAAUUAAAAAACAUUUGCAGCCCCUCAUACUUUAUUGUCGAAAUGAUACUACUAUUACACUACAAUUUCAGUGCAGAUAACACUGCUGCAUAUGUGACAAUACCUUCAGCAGUAGGUCUGUUAGAUCUUUAAAUUGUGAACAAAUUUAAAGACAAACCAUGCAGUGUUUUGAUCAGUUUUUUAUUGACAAAAGCUAGGAAUUGAUCCUUUGUCUGAUAGUUGUAAUUUGUUGGAUUACAGACACAUUAAGACAAAGCAUUUUGGGAGCCCACUUUGAUCUAUCAAUCUUCUAGUAGCAGCUAGCUAUUAUUAGGCUGUGCAAGAAGCAAGUAAAUGUUCAGCACAAAGAUCAUUUCAUACUGUAACUCUCUUUGUAGCAUCACAUAGGGUAAGGAAUAAACGUCCUGUUGUGUUUAAAUAA